ACUUUUAUAACCAUUGGUGCAACUCUACAUUUUGAAUUCACCUACUCUUCCACCAACCCAUUAAUCAACUCCCAUUUUCACAUUUCUCAUCUUCCAUCUCCAUCCUCCUCCUCCUCUCUCUCUCAUCAAUGGAACCAGCAAUUGAAACCAGAACCGAAACCGAAACUACCCAUAUAUUAGUGAUCCCAUACCCAGCACAAGGCCAUAUGAUCGCAAUUUUAGACCUCACCCACCACCUCCUUUCCACCCGCCGCCUUACCAUCACCGUCGUCACCACCCCGAAAAACCUCCCUUCUCUUUCUCCUCUCGUUUCUCUUUUUCCUUCUAUUAUUACCCCUCUUGUAUUACCUUUUCCUUCCGCCCCUGGAAUUCCCGCCGGAAAAGAGAACACCAAAGACCUACCGCCGUCGAGUUUUCGGCAGUUGAUGCCUGCUCUUGCGAAGCUCGAGGGUCCGAUACGUCGCUGGUUCGAAUCCCACCCUUCUCCUCCCGUGGCUAUUAUUUCUGAUAUGUUUCUCGGUUGGACGCAUCGUUUUGCGGUUGAUGUAGGGAUUAAACGCGUCGUUUUCUCUCCGUCUGGGGCUAUGGCUUUGUCCGUAAUCUACUCUCUUUGGAGGGGUAUGCCAAAGGAAGGGGAUCAAGAUGAAAACGGUGACGUAUUGUUUAAGGAUGUGCCAAAUUGUCCGAAAUACCCCUGGUGGCAGCUGUCACCGGUUUAUAGGUCUUACGUGGAAGGGGAUGCUGACUCAGAGUUGAUCAAGGACGGGUUUUGGGGUAACAUAGCUAGUUGGGGGCUGGUGGUUAACUCGUUCGAUGACUUGGAACAGGUUUAUCUGGACCACUUGGGUAGUAGUUUGGGCUGUGAUGAUCGGGUUUGGGCUGUAGGCCCAUUGUUUCCUCCAAUGGGGUGCAAGGAUCGCGGUGGGGCCAGCUCUGUUGAGGUGGACAAGAUAUCAUCUUGGCUUGACACGUGUCGAGAUGAUGAAGUGGUCUACGUGUGUUUCGGGACCCAAGCUUUACUAACCAGCCGACAAAUGGAAGUGAUUGCGGAAGGGCUAGAGAAGAGUGGAGUUCGUUUUAUUUGGUCCGUGAAGGACCCUUCAAUGACUCAACUUGUGGAAGGAGACCACGGCAAGGUUCCGUUUGGGUUCGAGGACCGUGUAGCGGGUCGGGGCAUGGUUAUUAAAGGAUGGGCCCCACAAGUUGUGAUAUUAAGGCAUAGGGCCGUUGGCACUUUUUUGACUCAUUGUGGGUGGAACUCGGUUCUUGAAGGGAUCAUGGCUGGUGUAAGGUUGCUUGUAUGGCCGAUGGGUGCAGAUCAAUUCUCAAAUGCAACAUUGCUCGUGGACUACUUGAAGGUUGGAGUUCGAGUUUGUGAGGGAUCCGACAUGGCUCCCGACCCAUGUGAAUUGGCUCGAAUCUUAGCCGAUUCGGCGAGUCAAGAACAAGCUAGUAGGCAAGAUAUCAUAAAAUUACAAUGUAACGCAUUAGAGGCUUUGAGUGAGAAUGGGAGUUCUUCCAAAGCGUUAGCUAGGUUUGUGAACAAGUUAUGUGAGUUGAAGGUUAUGACCAAAACUCAAAGCAUUCCUUACAACAAUCAUUCGAAAUGAGAUUGAUUUUUGUGUCUAAAAUGAGUUUACACUACUCAUUCAAAGACAUGUAGGUAAUCCUAACAAAUAUUGUUAGCAUAAAUAAAUAAGCAUUACAUUUAAACGUAUAUGUUCUAUAGAGAUUUUUCA